UUAAAGCAAAAACAAAAAGAAAGAUGAACAACCCUACUUAACACUAUUAUUCUGAAUCCUCAUUCAUUUCUAAGCACAAUCGAAAAUGGAUCACACUAAGAAAGAAGAACAGAACCCUAAAUUCUCAGCAUUCCCUUUCAAACCCUACUCCAUCCAAAUCGAUUUCAUGAACGCACUCUAUCAAUCUCUCAACCAAGGCGGCAUCUCCAUGCUAGAAAGCCCAACCGGUACUGGAAAAACCAUGAGUGUAAUCUGUAGUGCUUUGCAAUGGGUACUGGAUCGACGGCGACGGGAAGAAGAAGAAAAAGCUGCAGGGUUUGUGAAUGGGAAGAGUCAAGGCUCAGAUGAUGAACCUGAUUGGAUGAGAGAUUUUGUAGCAAAAAAUGAUGAUAAGCAAUUCAAAGAGGAAAAAAGAAAGAAUAAGAAGGAAAAAUUUAGGUCUGUGUUAGGAAAAUCUGGUAAUGAUGUUAAAAAAGGUAAUAAUGGUGACUUGAAGAAGAAAAUUGAUGGGGUGGGUGAUAAUGAAGAGGAGUUUUUGCUUGAAGAGUACGAGAGUGAAGAUGAGAAAGCUCGUGGUGAUGGUAGUAGUGCAGCGUCUAAGAGGAAAGUGAGUAUAAGUAGUUUUAGUUCUUCGAGUGAAGAUGAGUCUGAUGAUGACGAUGAGGAUGAUGGAGAGGAGAAGAGGUUUAAGGUUUAUUUUUGUAGUAGGACGCAUUCGCAGCUUUCGCAGUUUGUAAAGGAGUUGAGGAAGACGGUGUUUGCUGAUGAGAUGGGAGUUGUGAGUUUAGGUUCCAGGAAGAAUCUUUGUAUCAACAAAGAAGUGCUUGCAAUUGGAAACUCUGCAGGUGUAAAUGAGCGAUGCUUGGAACUCCAAAAGAAAAAGAAAAACGAUGCAUCAAAAGUAAAGAACUUAAAAUUAGGUACAGGAUCACACAGAACAAAAGCCUCCUCCGGCUGCCCAAUGCUUAGGAAACAUAGACUGCAACGAGAAUUCAGGAAUGAGGUAUCUCAGCAAGGGCCUUUGGAUAUUGAAGAUCUUGCUAACCUUGGAAGAACUAUGGGAACUUGUCCAUACUAUGGCUCUAGAAGCUUGGUUCAGAAAGUUGAUCUUGUGGUCCUACCUUAUCAAUCUCUUCUUUCAAAAUCAUCUCGUGAAGCACUUGGUCUAAAUUUGAAAUCCAACGUUGUUAUAAUAGACGAGGCUCAUAAUUUGGCUGAUUCACUCAUCAGCAUGUAUGACUCUAAAAUUACUUUGUCACAGCUAGAAAAUGUGCAUCGCCAUGUCGAGCGGUACUUUGUGAGAUUCCGGAACCUUUUGGGACCUGCUAAUAGGAGAUAUAUUCAAACUCUGAUGGUCCUCAUAAAUGAAUUUCUCAGAGUACUACUCAAUGAAAAAGAUGAAAAUCUCAUAGAUUCACGUCCAGAUAUAGAACAGGCUUCUGAAGAAAGAAAAGCCUCUGAUUUUACUAUGACCAUCAAUGAUUUUUUAUUUGAACUAAAUAUAGACAAUAUCAACUUAGUCAAAUUGCUAAAGUACAUAAAGGAAAGUCAUAUCAUGCACAAGGUUAGUGGCUAUGGAGAAAAGCUGGCUACAUUGGAGAAGGCAUCAACACUUAAUAUAGCAGGGGACCACGGUGAAGAUGGAAGCUGUCAGUCUGCUUUCCAGGCAUUAGCCGACAUGUUGCUAUCACUUGUAAAUAAGGACAGUGAUGGAAGGAUAAUAAUUUCCAGGUCUAGUUCAACAAGCUUCAGGAAACAAGGUCAAGGAUAUAUUAAAUAUGUUAUGCUCAGCGCAGAGAAGAUUUUCUCCGAGAUUGUAGAUGAAGCACAUGCCGUUGUGUUAGUAGGAGGAACACUUCAGCCAAUAGAAGAGACAAGGGAGAGACUUUUUCCAGGGUUACCACAAGAUCAGUUGCAUUUCUUUUCUUGUGGUCAUAUUGUCCCUCCUGAGAGCAUUAUGCCAAUUGCAGUUUCCCGUGGGCCUACCGGCCGCUCCUUUGAUUUUAGCUACAGCUCCAGGAGCUCAGCAGACAUGAUGCGAGAACUAGGUCUUUUGUUAUGCAACUUGGUUUCUGUUGUUCCCCAAGGAAUUGUAGUUUUCUUCCCUUCUUUUGAUUAUGAAAGUAGAGUCUAUGAAAACUGGGAGUCUUCUGGCAUCCUCGAAAGGAUUACAAAGAAGAAACGUGUCUUUAGAGAGCCUAGAAAUAAUAUGGAUGUUGAAUCUGUUCUCAAGGAAUACAAAGAUACCAUUUAUACCCCAUCAAGUGUGAAUUCAGAAGCGAAUCAAGCAUCUCAUACUGGUGCAGUACUUCUUGCUGUUGUUGGUGCAAAGUUAUCCGAAGGGAUCAACUUGAGUGAUGGAAUGGGUCGGUGCAUACUCAUGGUUGGUCUGCCAUAUGCUAGCCCUUCUGACAUUGAGUUAUUGGAGAGAAUAAAGCAUAUUGAUGGUUUUAGAAAUUCCAAGUCCCUUAAAAAGCCUGCAUCUUCUGCUAGUUACGAUGUAUAUGGUGGAGAUAUACAGGGUGGUUUUGGUAUAUUAAGAAGUUGCAGUCACAGGGGAAAAGAGUAUUACGAGAAUCUCUGCAUGAAGGCUGUAAAUCAAUCAAUAGGCAGAGCAAUUCGUCACAUCAAUGACUAUGCAACUAUUUUAUUGGUUGACACAAGGUAUGCAUCUGAUUCAUCAAAAAGGAGCUUUACUCACCCAACCACCAAGCUACCUAACUGGAUAAAAGACCGCCUUAUUUCUUCUAAAAACUACGGGGAAGUGCAUAGGUUGCUGAGUCAGUUUUUCAAACUCAAAAAGACAUGUUGCCAAUAGACACUACAACAGAUCUUGUAAAUUUAUGUUUUCCACUAUAUCUUAUUCAUUUAUAACUCCAUCCUCAUUUGGUUUUAUACUUUUUACUUCACAAAAAGGAAGAACAAAGAGAAAUUGCACAAUAGGUUCAAUUGACUUUUAUCAUCAUGUUCGUAACAUUCUAGAUAUUUACUCGUUGAUUUUGUAUCCUGUGAAUGUACCCUUAUAAACGAUGAGUUUUCCAUUCAAUGUUAAGAUAAUGGUUGUAAAUACUAUACAACAUUUAGUCGACAUCUUAUUUACUUGGGUAUUUUAUCUCCUUACCACUUACGCCAGCAUGUUCAUUUUUUGGGGACCAUACUUAGACUAGCAGGUUGUAAAUAUCACAUGUGAUAUUUCAGUGUUUCAAUAUUAAAUAAUAAAAUUAAAAAAAAAUAUUUGUACUGCUCAUAUACGUAUAUUUCAACCUUAUUUUCUUUCUUCUAAUUUAAACAAUAUUGUACAACCAAACAAAAGAAAUAAUCCAUCUAUAUAAUUGCACAUCCUCAGACAUCCUAUUUGGUCUGGUCUUUAUCAUCCAUGUUUGUGCUUCCAAAGAUAAUGUCAGUAGCCACCAGAGUUCAGUAGCUUUCCACUGGCCACAGUUUUUGAAGAAAGCAACAAAUAAUGCCAAUAUGUUGCAAGUGGAGUCGCUUUAACUUCAUAAUUUAGGACAGUGGUGGAUGGAGUGAUUGAAACAGUGGCAAGUGUCCAAUA